AACGGUGGAAGGGGCACUGGUCGCAAGUCGCAAUCGCGAUAGUAUCGAGGGGGGCUCCGUAAGUGUGUCGAGGGGCUUGUCAUGUGUCAAAUUUUUCGUCCUGCAUCCGAAACGCGAUCACAUACAGCGUUCUUCGGCGAUCGCGCGUGGGACUCGACGAAUUCCGGGACACCCGCGACAAUCGGAUAGAUUGUCCCUGGUCUCCCCGAGGCCCCCAGAUCCCCGCGAGAGCGAAAACACGGGCCCCGCAGCUGCUUCGAGAAUUGGAAUGCGGGAUCAACAUGGAGGUGGCGGAUAGAUCGAUAUUGCUCAGUGAUGUUGCGCACGGUCGCUGACUCUCCCUGUCCGGCAUCCUGUUGACGUAAUUCGCACGCUGUAUGCAUCAGCGGUCGCGCUAAAUUUGAGAUUUAUAAUGGCGAAUUUUUUCAAAAGUAAUGCUGCUUCGCGUCGAGGUAUGCGCGAAUAACAGAGUCAUCGAUGAAGCAAUAUAUCUAUGGGAAAAGUAUGGAAUAACGGAGCAUGGAAUGGACGGAUCAUGCCCACUCCUCUUUCCCAGCUUUGGAGAGCAGAGUGGCUCUGAACGGGGAGGAGGCUACUCAUCGCAAAAGGUCAGCGUAUACCGGCCAGGUUCAGAUGCCAUCGACUUGGGAUAUCAUACCCUCGAUAACAAUGCUUGCCGCACCACGUCGUCAUCGUCCUCAUCGACACCGGGGGUACCGAGCGUGCCCACCCGUCAACAACAGCAACAACAGUCAUCACAACCCAAGCACCUGAUACAUCAUUCCGUUAGUGAUUUCUGCCAGCUUGAUGAUAAUCUGCUGCUGAGGAUUUUCAGUUGGCUCGACACGCGUGACCGCUGCGCUUUGGCGCAGACAUGUCGACGUCUUUGGGAGAUCGCGUGGCACCCGGCACUUUGGCGGGAAGUCGAAGUCUGUUAUCCGCAAAAUGCCACUACAGCGUUGAACGCACUGACACGUCGUGGCUGUCAUACCUGCAUCCGUCGUUUGGUUCUGGAAGGUGCCACAGGUUUGGCUGGCAUCUUCGUCCAAUUACCAUAUCUCAAUUUAACUUCCCUGGUGCUACGACACUCGCGACGUGUCACCGAUGCCAAUGUCACCACUGUACUGGACAGUUGCACCCAUCUUAAGGAGCUCGAUCUGACUGGUUGUUCCAAUGUUACACGAGCUUGCGGUCGUACGACUACCUUGCAACUACAGUCGCUCGACCUCAGUGAUUGUCACGGUAUAGAGGAUUCUGGUCUGGUACUAAGUCUGUCACGUAUGCCGCAUCUCGGAUGUCUUUAUCUACGUAGGUGCACCCGCAUCACCGAUGCCAGUCUGGUAGCCAUCGCUUCCUACUGCGCCAGUUUGCGUCAGCUGUCGGUGUCGGAUUGCGUGAAGGUGACGGAUUUUGGAGUGCGCGAACUGGCGGCGCGUCUGGGCCCAUCGCUCCGUUACUUCUCCGUAGGCAAAUGCGAUCGCGUGUCCGACGCCGGUUUGCUAGUCGUUGCCCGUCACUGCUACAAGCUGCGUUAUUUGAACGCCCGCGGUUGCGAGGCGCUCAGUGACAGCGCGACCAUCGCCUUGGCACGUGGCUGUCCGCGUAUGCGCGCUCUAGAUAUUGGUAAAUGCGACAUCGGCGAUGCGACUCUCGAGGCACUCUCGACUGGAUGUCCUAAUCUGAAGAAAUUGUCCCUGUGCGGGUGUGAGAGAGUCACAGAUGCUGGUCUCGAGGCGCUGGCUUAUUACGUACGUGGCUUGCGACAGCUCAACAUCGGCGAGUGUCCUAUGGUUACGUGGAUCGGCUACCGAGCAGUUAAACGUUACUGCCGACGUUGCAUCAUUGAGCAUACUAAUCCUGGGUUUUCUAGUUGAUCUAAGCCAACCUAUAGUGUUGCUUUAUAUCAAAACGAUGAUAUAAAGAAGAACACAUGAAUAUGUUCUCGAGAGAAUGUACUCUGAAAAAGAGAGUAUUCUUAGAGAAUUAUAUGGAUAAAAAAGCGGAUAUAUAUUCUGAGAGAAUAUCAAAAAUAAAAAUAUAUUGAGGAUAUUUUGUAAAAAUAUUUUU